CGGCAUCUAUUAUUAAUACCUCUGCUAAAGCUCACAGACAAAAAUAGCUGCCUGUAACGUGCAAUGACCUACAUCGUACUGCAGAGAGGGAGGCAGAGAGCAUGGGGGGCGGGGUGGGGCUGGGACACACACACAAAACUGGCGCGAUGUCAAAGUGUAGAGCCACCGUUCAACGAAAAACAACCGGCGAAGCCCCCCCUGGCCCGGCGGGCGCUGAGAGGAGGAACGGGGCGCGGUCCUCGGCCCCGGUGGCGGGGUUGCCGCUCACCGCCCCGUCUCCGCCGCGGAGGCUGCUCGGCUCCCUCCCAGCCCCUGGCACACGAACGCGUGUGUGUGCGGCAGCCUGCGCGGGCGUGCGCUCCGCUCGGCUGGAGGAUGAAGUCUACGACGAGGAGGGGAACACCCUGCAGGACUUCGCUUACGACCACGAACCCCACGGCAUAGCGAAUCCGUCCUCCAUGAUCGGCGAGAUGUACACCUUGUAUUACCCACCGGAAAAGAGGCACGCCGAUGGGAUCUUCAACAAAGCCUACAGGAAACUCCUGGGCCAGUUAUCCGCCAGGAAAUAUCUGCACUCCCUGAUGGCCAAGCGGAUCGGCGGUGCCAGCGGCGGCCUGGGGGACGAGGCGGAACCGCUGACCAAGCGGCACAUAGACGGCAUCUUCACGGACAGCUACAGCCGCUACCGGAAACAAAUGGCUGUCAAGAAAUACUUAGCAGCCGUCCUGGGGAAAAGGUAUAAACAAAGAGUUAAAAACAAAGGACGCCGAGUAGCGUAUUUGUAGCGAUGUGAGUAACCAGCCACUCCUGUGUAUACAAAGUCCUGAGAGAGAGAGAGAGAAAGAGAGAGAGAGAAAGAGAGAGAGAGAGAGAGAGAGAUAACCCCAACAACAACAAGAACAAAAAAAUCUAAACAAAAACAAAAGUCAUUUCCAAACUGACUGAACAAUCACCGCUCCUGUGUUAUCUAAACAUGUAUUUAUGUAUGAAGUAAAGCCAUUAAAUGAAUAUUUUGAUAAUAAUAUUGUUUUUCUUUUGUACAAAAGCACUAGAGAAACGCACAGAUCUACUUUGUGGACCAAUCAUUAAGUUAUAUAUAAUAUAUAAAUAUAUAUAUAUAUACUACUAAGAAUACUAAAGAACAAUUCUUCAUGAAAAGCCUGCACAAGAUCAAGAAUUCGCUGAGCUGUUUAUGUUUUUAUAUAAAAUAAAUAGAAAAAAAAGGACAAUCAUUGUUUUGAAUAUUACUCCUAUUUUUGUAACAGAAAUUAAAAGGAUAGUAUUUUUAUCCGCGACAGGGUCGAAGACAUUAAUUAUCACCAUUUGCUACUGUACAUAGAGAAGGAUGACCUGCUCCCAGGGGAAUUAUGAGGAAAUUGAUUUGGGAGAAUUGGUGAAGCAGAUUCUUCCCCUGGUGAGUCUCAAGGCAGGCUCCUUUGCCACUAGCCUCUCUGAAGGGGCAGAGUCCCCUUUCCUCUAGAUUUCGAUUAUUUUUUUUCUCUCCUGCUUUCUUUGAUUCCAGUUGUAUCUGUAUUAGUGUCUCCUUAAACAAUAAGCUUAGAGGAUAACUCUCUUGCAAAAACAACAGCUCGAUCCAAAUUGUGCAUCUCUGUUGCCUGUUGGAGGGAGAAAUAGAUUAAAAAAAAAAAAAACACCAAAAUAACAAUAACAAAAAUCAAAUUAAAACUAAAAUAAUAAUAAAAAAAAGAAAAGCCAAACUCAAAACCCCAAACCCCAAAUCCCAAACCAGCAGCAAGGAUAGUAAGUACUAAGCCCCGUGCACUGCUCUUCUGGCUGGCUGGGCAGAGUUGCAGAACAAAGCCAAAGCGGAGACAGGACCCGUUUGGAAAGAGUAGGGAAGGGAGCGGGGGCGGCCCCCGCGGCGCCCUCGGGGCCGGAGCCGGUGCCGGAGCCGGUGCCGGAGGGUCGAGGUAAGACGAGGCGAUCCCACCUCCGAUCCGCUACCCAACUGCCCUGGGCAGCUCGGUACUGGACCUGGAUGCAAAGUACAGUGUGUUACUCUCCAGUGCUGUCCAUGCUUCUCAUCAUGUGUAAUAAUGAGCAGGGUUCUUGCCUUUGCAUUUUUCGGUCGGAGUUGCUCUUUUCUUUGAUUGCUUUUUCUUGUAGACCCUCCCGCCUCUCAUCCUCUCUUCGAACUUUUCUGAGCUCUGUUUAACCCACCUGAGUCACCUUUUUGGGUUAUGUUCUUUUUGGGGAAAAAAAAAAAAAAAGAUUGUGAACGCUCUCUCACUCCUUUGUUCUGUUUUAUGCAAGCUCUUAUUGUACAAGUUUAGGAACCCCUGUUGUAGCUACCACUAAAGAAUUAUGCACUACUACGAAAGUUUUUGUUCCUUGUUUAUUGAGUUUGGAGGUAAAAUGUAUUUUUCUACAUUCUGGCUUAUUGCUUAGUAAAAAUUUAUUUCAUAAAACAAACUUUUGUCAUAAAAGAAUGUGUAGUGUUCACCUGUGGUCCGAUUUCUAACGAGAUAAACCAUUUUCACCUCAUCUCUCUAUGUACGGACUCCUAUCUUAACUUCCACCCGGGGGCUGGUUCUGUCCCCUGCCCGGGCCGGGGGCGAAGGAGAACGCGUAGGUACCCAUUUCCUUCCAGCUCACCACACAGACCUUACAGGAGUCUUUCCAAAGACACAAAACGAGCCCCGCAUCCAA